CGCGAACCAGAUGAGAAAUAUUCUCUUUUAACCUCAAAGCUCGUCGUCUAGAAACCCUAGCGAAUCCCUCUCAGCUUCAAGCUCGACACUAGUCUAGAGAGAGAAAAAGAUGCCUCCGAAAGCCAAAGCAAAGGAUGCAGGUCCCGUAGAGAGGCCAAUCCUUGGCCGUUUCUCUUCUCACCUCAAGAUCGGAAUCGUUGGGUUACCAAACGUGGGAAAGUCUACACUUUUCAACACCCUUACGAAGCUUUCAAUCCCAGCUGAGAACUUUCCCUUUUGUACCAUUGAGCCCAACGAGGCACGUGUCAAUAUCCCUGAUGAGAGGUUUGAUUGGCUUUGCCAGCUGUACAAGCCCAAGAGUGAGAUUCCAGCUUUCUUGGAAAUUCAUGACAUUGCUGGUCUUGUUAGAGGCGCUCAUGAAGGACAAGGACUUGGAAACAACUUCUUGUCUCAUAUUCGUGCUGUUGAUGGAAUCUUCCAUGUCUUACGUGCCUUUGAAGAUCCUGAUAUUAUUCAUGUUGAUGAUAUUGUGGAUCCUGUUAGAGAUUUGGAGACCAUUACUGAAGAAUUGCGACUAAAGGAUAUUGAAUUCAUUAAAAAGAAGAUUGAAGAUGUCGAGAAGAGCAUGAAGAGAAGCAAUGACAAGGCGCUUAAAGUUGAACUUGAGCUCUUGCUAAAGGUAAAAGCUUGGCUGGAAGAAGGAAAGGAUGUCCGUUUUGGGGACUGGAAAGCAGCUGAUAUCGAGAUUCUCAACACUUUCCAAUUGCUUUCCGCUAAGCCCGUUGUUUACUUGAUUAACAUGAAUGAGAGAGACUACCAGAGGAAGAAAAACAAGUUCUUGCCAAAGAUUCACGCUUGGGUUCAAGAACACGGUGGUGAUACUAUGAUUCCUUUCAGUGGUGUUUUUGAAAGGAGUCUCGCUGAUAUGCUCCCAGACGAAGCAGCAAAGUAUUGUGAGGAGAACAAACUACAGAGUGCUCUUCCGAGGAUCAUCAAAACUGGAUUUUCAGCUAUUAAUCUCAUAUAUUUCUUUACAGCAGGGCCUGAUGAGGUGAAGUGCUGGCAAAUAAGACGCCAGUCAAAGGCUCCUCAAGCUGCAGGGGCCAUUCAUACUGAUUUUGAGAGAGGAUUUAUUUGUGCCGAGGUCAUGAAGUUCGAGGAUCUCAAGGAACUUGGCAAUGAAACUGCAGUCAAGGGGGCAGGAAAAUACAGACAGGAGGGGAAAACAUAUGUUGUUCAGGACGGAGAUAUCAUUUUCUUCAAGUUCAACGUUUCUGGUGGUGGGAAGAAAUAAGAUUCCAUUCUGUCUACGUCCUAUCCGUGGUAUCCUCUUCAGAUCCUGAAGCUUUAUAAAAAUCCGAGAGAUGAACCAAACUGUAUUUUCUGUUUCUGUUAGUUGCAGUUUUUUAAUUUGGUUUACCAAACAUAAGUAUCUGUAACUUUUGUUAUUUUCUGCAGUUAAGCUUAAGACAUGUCUUUGCCGUGAGACAAAGCAUUUAAGCCUGCUGUAUUGUAGAACUCCCUUUCAAUAAUCAGAAACAAAUGCCUUAUAAACCAAAA